UCGCUGUGUGAUCAACAGUCCCAAAAAACAUGUUUGUGAAACAGUUGGCAAGCGGGCUUGGCAAAUCCUUGUUUUCGUUUUUGGUUUCUCGUGCUCCUGCUGUUAAACUGUGCAGGGAGCAGGAUGCGGGAUGAGUUCAGUGUAAACUUGCUCACCUAGUUACUGGUUUGUUGCUCAAGAUGCCCUAAGUAGUUUUGAAAGACAGACAAAAGGACGCGUCGAUAUGUUAUCAGUUGUUAACUAGUGUUCUGCGCAUGCGUCGAAACUGAUUCUGCUGGUGGUCGUCUGCUGCAGCUUUACAGUCUGGGGCCAUAGUCUCAUCGCGUCGACAAUUUCCUGGUCGCUAACCUCUAACCCCCCGAGAGCUGGCCGGCCGCCAGGCGAGCGCGAUGCGUGCGAAAAUUGUCACCCGUGUAACCGCACUUCAGCAAUCGGGCCGUCGACACCCUGACCUUGAGGGAAUACCUAGGGAACUCCGCGUGUGCGCAUGCGCGAACCAACGUGUAGUACAAGUUCGAGUAUUUACCAAGAAUCGAGAACAAUGGAAGAAAAAAAUGAAACAGACAACAUGCCAUCUAAGAAGCAGAGAAAGGCGAACUGGACAAACAAGGAAAUCUGGAUCUUGUUAGAAGAGGUUUGUAACUGACAGUUAUUUGCACUGUUCCUUGAAUUCUGAAGUAGUGUUCGCUAUCUUCUCUUUUUACAUAUCUUGACUGUGCUUUUGUUUUAUUUUUUUCUUUUGUCAGGUAAGGUUGGAAAAGGAGUACUUAAUGAGUUCGUUGACAAAUGAAAUAACUAAUAAAAAGAAGAGCGCAAUAUGGCAGCGAAUUGCGGACAAAAUUGCCGCCUCUUGCGGCGUAGAACAUCGCAGUCUUGUAAGUGUGAGAGAGAAGUGGGGGACUUUGAAGUCUGAGGCACAACGAAGGCGUGACAAAAGAAAGGCCACAGGGGGUGGUGCAGUAAAAGAAUGCGAAUACGACAAUACCAUAUUCGAUAUAUUAGGCGAAGGAUCCAACAUAGCAGAUGGCAUAGAUGGUGGAAUAGAUAUGUUCAGCCUAAGAACAACCCCAAGUUGCUCAGAUAUGCCUUCAGAGACUGUCACUAGUGACAGCCCAACUUGUGUCAGAACCGAUCAACUGUCACAGGAGGACAUUCCAUCAACAUCUGCCACCGAAAAAUCUGUCGAGCUGGUGGAAGAGGAAGUGGCAGACAGUUCACUAGGGAUGGCGUCAAAGGAGGCUAACAGAGGUAAAAGGAAGCUUCUCAGGAAAGCUGCAUUUGGAGGUCCUCUUGUGGACGACUACCUUAAAUCAGAAAUAAAAAAAAAAUGA